AUUUGAGAUUUCCAGCACCAGCAUCCAACUGAAAUGGACCUGCAGGUUCCCUGAUGCCUGCCAGGGCAUGAGGGCCAGGUGCCGCCUGGCAAUGCCUUCCUCCCCUCCCUGUGAGGCUCAGGAGGUGAAUGGAGAGCAGAUGUUACAUGGCCAGGAGGGAACAUUCACCUGCUCCCCUCUGCAGCCCUUCACUGAGUACAGUGUCACCAUCGACUUGCCCCCCAACACAACCCUGUUCUCAUGGUUCUUCACGACUCAGGAAACAGUGCCGGACAAACCGGAGCAGCUGUGGCUGGAUCCCGACAGGGGCUCUCUCAGGUGGAGCUCGCUGCCCUCCUGCAACGGGGAGAUCAUCGGAUACCAGCUGAACAUCACGGCCAGGCAGGCCGGGGACAGCAGCGUGCUGGAGACCGAGCGGCUGCGGCUCGAUGGCUCCGUCACUGAGCACCGGCUGCCGGAGCACAGCCCCGACAGCAGCUACGCCGUGACCGUCCAGGGACUGACGGCUGCCGGAGCCGGGGCUGCGCUCAUGACGGAGUUUCACACCAACAGCAGCUCCGACCCGCCGCGCUCCCCGGCCAUCAGCUGCCGCAGCGCCCGCGACAUCGCCCCGUCGCGAGGGACGGCCGUGCUUGCCCUGCGCCCCCUCGCCCGCGGCUCUGAGGCCGCCAGGGAGCACCAGCUGAUCGUGGCCGCGACGCACAACGCCUCGCUGAUCGAGAGCAUCUGCUCGGGCCAGCCGCGCCUCUCCAAUGACAGCGUGUACCUGGCCGCCCUCCUCAACCUCUCCGCCGCCACCGACUUCGUGCUGGGCGACGGGAGCCGCGGGCCGGGCCGGCACAACGCUGCCCUCCGCCCGGGCCAGGCCUACACGGCCCUGCUGCGCCUCGUCCGCCUCGGGCCGCAGGCAGAGAAGUUCACCUGUGUCUGCUACAGCUUCUCUGUUGGUAAGUGUCUCCUUGCUCCUGCUGCCCAAGCCACUCUCCUGCCUGUUCCCUUUUGCCAGCCUGGCAGCUUCCCUGGAAACAAGCUGGCCCAGGGUAGAUGUAGUGGAGUAUUGCCAUACUUUGGCCUUCAUAAAAGUUCUCUAUACUUUGCGACUAUCUAUGGUAGAUUCGGCUUUGGAUAUCCUCAGGACUCUUGGCUGGAGUCCACCUUCCCCUGCUGA